UUUCAAUAAAUCCGCGGUCACACUGAAACCAAGUUGGUGCGCGCUCGUAAAAAAAUUGUUUAAUAAAUUUAAAGAAAUUUCGUUAAAACAAACGUCCAUUUGAAAUAAAUUUGAAUACCAGUAAGCCAAGCCAAGCGCGUAACGCUAAUAGGUAUCACUAGUCGCGCCACAAAUGUGUCGGGACCAGAGAACAAGUCGCUCAAAGAUUUCGCUUUUGCUGUCCUCUCUGCUAUGGGAAUGUGUUCCCUGGUGUGUGUGCGUUCGUGUAAUCAAACAAAAGUAUUAAGCAAAAGUUACAUAUUUUGCAAUACGCGCCGUCCGCAACGAAAGUAAAAUAAAGUCAGACAGACAAUUGUCCCUGUACCAGCUGUGUCGCAGGGCGCUCUUCCUACAACGGUUUUUCGGCCUGCCUUCAUUUGCAGCUGCUGUUAUUUGGCUGCGUUGUGGUUGUCAUACUCACACACACACACACACUCAUUAACUACCUUGAAAGCAGAAGAGGGAGAGCGAGAGGGAAAGACAGAAGUGCAAAGUUGAUGCCGUUUAACUAAGCUUGGACACGGUGUGCUGUGUGAGUGUUACUGUUCGUGUGCUCGUGUGCGUGAGCAGAGGCAUUAGUCAUUUUUGGUCCAAAACUGGACUGGAAGAUUGACGGUUCUGUUCGUUGAUCCCUGGCAACACAUCAUUUACAGCGCAUCAACCAAAAAGAGAGUCACAUCAAAGUCAUCUGCGGAUCUUGAAAAGGCGACAUGACUAUUCCAUCGAGACCAGCGCCGGCCCCGCCCGGAUCACGUGGGCAGAGCGCCGCGGCUGGAGCGAAUGCCAGCCUGGAUCAGCUGCGUCUGCAGCUCCAGGAGCAGCACUUACAGCAACAGCAAUCGUCCAGCGGAAGUCUCCAAAAGUUGACCAUUAAGCUCCCUCCGCCGCCAAAGGGGCCGCUACAGCAGCAGUCACUGAAUGCGCAGCACAAAAGAUCCAACAACAAUCUUUUUGCGGAGCAGACGGGCUCCAGCAUCACGCGAAAGUUCCCCCAUGCGCGGUAUACGCCGACCACCAACUGGGACGACGAUCCCUUUGGAGGUGGGGGAGCUGCUGGUAAUGGAAAUGGCAACUUAAGGAAGAUGCCACCGCCGCGACCGCCACCACCGAAGGUGCAGGUGCAGGUGAAUGGGCAGAAGCUUGCCGCUACAAGCACAUCAGCGACGUCGGCCGGUGGUGGGGGUAACCUCAUCUCCAACAUCUUCCACCGCAAAAAGACUUCGUCUACGGCAGCGGCUGCUGCUUCCAAGGCCGCAGUGCAGAAUCGUGUCUACGGCCUAAGCAGCGGCCAUGCCGGGACGUUAUCCCAUAGUGCAUCGUCGGGCAGUGGGGGUCUCAGCAACAUGGAUUGGAACGCUGCUUGGAACACGGCGACCACCACCACCACUACCACAACGGGCAGCAGCAGCAGCGCUCACUACUCUCACACGACCAGCAAUGGGGCUGCGGUUGAGGGACAGCUCAUCAGCUUCGACUCGCCGCCGUCGUCGCCCACCUUCACGCAGAAGUCAAACAGCGACUGCGUGAGUGUCGAUAGCUUCAGCUCGGACAGCAACUUUAGUUCACCCAACAACGGCAGCGUCUCGCAGCCGGAGAGCGGGUUCGAGGACGACUUCCACCGCUCCCGACCAGCCACCCAGAGUCCGCUCGAUCCCUGGGAGUCGGUGGACAGUGCUGGUCAUAGCGCGGUCGACAGUUUCGGCUCGGCAGCGGUGCGACAGACGUACCAGACGUACCAUCACGUCCGCACUUCAGAUAAUCCAUUGUGCAACGGCAAAAGCCUACUGCCCCCCACACAGUCGCUGGCCAUGCCCACCAUCAUCAAGCCGAAGAUAUCGCAGAAGCCGAAGGCACCCAGGGCUCCACCGUUCGUCGGUGGAAUGCCGCCCGGCUACGGAGGUGCCUUCAACCCACCUUCUCCGCCUAUGCCCAAGGGUGCUCCGCCACCACUGCCACCAUCUGUGGGCAGUGCAGCGGCAGGAAUCUCGAUGCUGGACGUGAUUGCGGGCAGAGUGGAUGCCAUGGCCCUGAGCAACGGCUGCUCGGGCUACGUGGAGGAGGAGGUGAAUCCUUACGCCAUAGCCCUAUACGACUUCGACGGUGUCGAAGAGGGCGAUCUUAGCUUUAGGGAGAACGAGAAAAUCUAUCUGAUGGAACAGCCCACGCCUGAAUGGAUGCGAGGACGCACGCGCUCCGGCUGCGAGGGUAUUUUCCCGGUCACUUAUGUGGACAUCAAAGUGCCCUUGGGUGCUGGUGUCUCAAACUACCAACAGUCACAAUCAUAUCCACAACCAGAGCAGCAGCAGCAGCCACAACAUGAGCUAACUGCGCUCUGUUUAUAUCAUUUCCCCGGCGAGGUCGAAGGAGAUCUGUCUUUGCAGGAGAACGAACUGGUCACAGUGCUUUAUAGGAUAAACGAGGAGUGGCUGUUCGGUGAGGCGGGAGGGCGGCAGGGUCAGUUUCCGGCCAAUUUCCUGGAGCAAGUGCCCGACAACCUGCCGACUCUUUAAAGGAGCUGAACCCGAACCCUAGUUCUAUAAUGUAUACAUGAUAAAAAUGUCGAUAGGAGUGAAGCGAACUGAACCAUAUACACACAUACACACACAUAUUACAGAUUACAGAAUUAUAUUAUAAAAUUGUAUUUUUGCUAUAUUCGAAACAGAUUAUAUGAUAUAAGAUAAGAGAGAACUAUCUUUAAGCUACACCCCAGAAAUGUUUUAAUGGGACCAAUCGAAAGAUUUCCAGCUUAUACACUGGAUUGAAUGAUUGAUUUUAUUCUUAGCCCGCGAUUAUAAUUGUUUGUUAAAUGGAUGAUUCGAUGUUUACGUAUUAGUUGAUUGUUUGCCGAUCUUUGAAUUUGAAGUAUUUGCCCAGCGUCCAUACCCCUAUACCCCAUUGUAUACCCCAAUAUAGAGCACACAAAGAGAAAAACACCAUUGUAAAUAAGUUAUAUUUUACAUGAAUUUCUAUUAAUUUUUAAUUAUUUAAAUCGGGUUUAGUUAGACGCUUAGCCUAACUAGACGCACCUUAAUCGAUUCCAAUUGAUGGUUCAAACCUUUUGAUUCUAUGUAUUAUUAUUACGUUCACGUGCUCGAAGGAUGCCUGGAGUAGAUUCUGUCUUUGCUUAUAUCUGUCCUAGUCGCAUGUUCUAGAGAGUGGAAGGCCAAGGCCUCGCCCAGCUUAUGAUAUAUAUGAAUAUCCUAUAUCCCAGCUACGAAGGAAAUAUAUUGAAAUAAACGCUGUUUACAAACCUGGACAACAAUAUUUUCAAUUUCAAUAACUACGUUGCCUGGCCCCCAGACGUCAGCCUCGACUAGUGCCCAUUUCUCAUAACCACAUGUAUCCCCAGUCUGUGUGUAACACAUUCGUCGUGAAUAUCUGAACAAAAUUAUUUUUUAGUCGUUUCGGAUGUUUUAAGUGUGAUCAACAACUGUUCUCCGCUCGAGCACGCAAAAUUAUUUCCUUUGACAAGUGCCACGUUUUCGUCAGCAUUUAGCAUCGAGUGCAACAAAAA